AUGUUGGUCUUAGUGUUUGGGCUGGGAGUUGUUGCUGCUCAGUAUGCUGCCCGUCGAGGCUACAAUAUCUUCCCCAUCGAGAGGUUUCAGCGCUACUUUCGAAACACCAAUCUCAGAUCAGCCAUCAAUGACAAUGCUGCUUUCAAGAUUAGCUUUGGUCUGAUGUUUGCCCUGACAGCUCUAGGAGACUUUCAGUCGUGA